GCUUUUUCGUUUCGAUGAUAUUGUUGGUGCUUGUGAUUUUGUCGUUGCGGCAUUCUUCUUGUUGAUUUCAGGCUUUUCCAUUUCGAUGAUAUCAUUGGUGUUUGCCUUGUUUGUUGCUGUCGUUAAUUUCAGGCUUUUCCAUUUUGAUAAUGCUGUUGUAUUUUCGUUGUUGGUAAAAGUUUGUGGUAGUUUUGACGUGCAAGUCAAUUUUCAAAUUUGGGUAUAG